AUGUCAGAGUUGAAAGUAUUGAAGCAAGGCGCAGAAGCAAGGAUUUACAGAUGUGAUUUCUCUGGCAGACCAGCGAUUGCUAAACAAAGAUUCAGAAAGACAUAUAGAAAUCCAGUUCUGGAUCAGAAACUAACAGCCAAGCGAGUGGUGCAGGAAGCUCGUUGCCUGCACCGACUGCGAAAGGCUGGGAUAAAUACUCCAGCACUGUAUCUGUUGGAUACAGUCAAUAACACAAUCUAUAUGGAAUAUGUAGAUGGCGAAACAGUGCGUGAUGUGCUUUGCAAUACAAGUGGUUGCACUGAAUUAAAAGCUAUUGCCGAGUCCAUUGGAUCGGAUCUGGCUCAAAUGCACGAUAUGGAUCUCAUUCAUGGUGAUUUGACUACAUCUAAUAUUAUUGUUCGUCGAGAUACUCGCACUUUGGUUUGGAUCGACUUUGGUCUUAGCUAUGCAUCUGCUCUAACAGAGGAUAAGGGUGUGGAUCUGUACGUGCUUGAGCGAGCCAUUCUCAGUACACAUCCCAACGAGGCAGCAGAGCUGUUUGAGCACAUUGUUGAAUGCUACAAAUCUAAAUCCAAAAACGCAAAGCAAGUACUCGACAAGUUUGAAAAAGUGCGACGGCGUGGACGAAAACGGACAGCAUUUGGAUAA